CACAAAACGAUGGACUGAUGACUGCAAUUAAUACGACGUCAAUGGAGGUUGUUCAAAUGAUUCCUGUAACUUGAUGAGCGCAAAGACUGUCCAUCAGGCAUCUCUCAUGCUGUUGCAAAAGUUGUUCGGUUCAAACCAUCCUUAUAUCGCGGGCUCACUUUUAAAUCUAGCAGUUGUGUAUAGUCGCCAAGGAAAGUACCAUGAUGCUUUGCUACUACACAAUCAGUCGUUGGCAAUAUUACAACAAUCGUAUGGAUUACGUCAUGCACACGUAGGAACAGUUUUUAUCACUAUGGGAACAGUGCAUUAUAAACUAGGGAACUUUAGUAAAGCAAUUCACUGCACAGAACAGGGCUUAGAAAUACUAGAGGAUAUCCAUGGACCGUAUCACCCUCGUGUUGCAGAAGCACUCAAUUUUCUUGGAUUCAUGUAUAGAGAUAAAGGGUUGCUGAGAAAAGCUCAAGAAUGUCUUGAACGGUCGAUAUCUAUCAAAGAACAAGUUUUUGACGACAAGCAUUUUAUACUAGGUGAGGCCUUAAACGAUCUUGGGGUAGUGUACACUAGAUUGGGAGAAACCGAAAAAGCCAUCAAGGUGCUAAAGAAGGCGUUACAUAUCUUUAAACGGACAUGGGGAGAAAGCCACACUGCAGUUACGACAACCUUGAAUAGUUUAGGGGCUGCUUAUUGUGCUUUAGGAGAGGCACGCAAGGCAGUGUCCCUACACCAGACAGCCCAGGAGACUCUUUUGAAAAUGACCGCAGGGACUUCCAGGGAUCAUCUUCUUGCGGAAACAAGACAUUUAUUAGGAAAUGCUUAUCUGACAAUGGCGAAUGUAGACGAUGCCAGAAAAAUGUACCGUUUAGCAUAUUCAGGAUUUAGUACUUUAUACGACGAAAAACACUGGAGAGUUCAACAAGCACAGAGAGAUUUAAUUUCCCUGCAUUCAAACACCUCAAAGAAUUCUAUCGUUUUUCAUUUAAUUUUAGUUAUUUAUACUUCAGUUUUUUCUCUUCUUACCAAUCUGUUUUAAAUAUUCAAAACUUGUCAAGAGCUGUAGAGCCAAACGGAAGACACAGUCUUGAAAAAAGGUUGUCGCUAACGAGCAUCGCGAUUACCGCUUCGGCAUUGUCUGGUAAUUGCGCAAAAAGGUAGCGACAACGUUUUAACUAGAUGGAUGCAGUGCAGAAUUGAGCAGAUUUUUAUUAUAUUAUUUAUUAACAAUUAAUUACAACCAGAGAGCGAAGUCUGUUAUUCUUUACUUCAUUCCGAAAGCCAGAUUACAGUAUAACUUUGGACAGCAAAAGAAGCCGAGACAAUUUAAAGAUUUAAAGUAAGUCAGGGCCAAUUACAUGCGGUUGUGUAAGGUUUAAAUACACUUAACUUUAUAACUAAACUGAUAUCUAGAUCAUAGUAUCUCCUCUAAUCGCUUAUGAUGUGUUGACGAUGGUCUCGUAAUUGGUCGGCUUCGUCUGUGGCAACAAAAAUCGUCCUUUACGUAAUUCGGUUCGACAACAAAAUAUCUGAUUGCACAAGCUGUUCCUUUGAACAUGAUAUUUUAUUACUGGAGUUUUAUAUUUAUAAUUUGCUGAUGCAAUUGAUGAAGUAGGAAUGGCAGGUGACUUAGUGAAAAGUGAACAGCUAACUAGACGAGCUCCCUGACCAGUGAUCAGUGAAAGUAACGACGUUUUGGUUAAUUUAUGACCAUUUGAUUGACCUUGAUUGGUGAUUAAUUGUAAAUAUAUAUUGUACACCUCAUAUUCCAUCACUAAAAAGGGCAUGGUAUAUCGUUAUCCACGUCACUGCGCCAGCUGUCGUCAUGACCACCUCAUUCUCAGCAUAUCUGAAAUACUUUCUCUCGUGAGGUAAUACCGGGCGCAGGCAGUCGGACAACUUGAAAACCCUACCCGAGAUAUCAUGUACCUUCAUAACGAAUAAAAGAAUUAACUCAAAAA